AUGGAAGGAGCCGGGGCGCAGCCGGCACGGGGGGCGCUGCUGCUGCCCACCCCGGCCCCGGAGGUGCUGGAGCGGGUGCUGAGGGAGCUCCACGGCCCCUUGCCCUGCGCUGCCUCCAUCGCCCGCCUGCGGAAGGGGCCGGCCGGGGGGUACGAGCCGGCCGGGGGGGCCGGGGAUGCGCUGGAGCGGAGGCAGUUGGCCAAUGCCAAGGAGCGGCAGAGGAUCAAGAACAUCAACAGCGGCUUCUCCAGGCUCAAGGCCUUGGUGCCCCUGGUCCCCCGCGACCACAAGCCCAGCAAAGUGGACACCCUAAAGGCAGCCACCGAGUACAUCCGGCUGCUGCGGCUGGUGCUGGAGGAAACGGGGGGGCUCAAGGAUGCUGAUGCCAAUCAGGAUCUGGGUGAUGCUGCUGGGACCAGGCCUGGCACUGUCCCCCUGUAUCCAUGGGUUGCCCCUGUGCUGCCCCCCAACCCUGUGCUGCUACGGGAGAGUGGGGAGCUGAGACCCACGGGGGACCUGGUGUGACACCAAGUUUGAUGCUCCAGCACUUCCUUUGGGGGCUGCCUCCUGUCCCACGGCCGGAUCCAGCCCCACAUCCCAUUACACUGCCCCUCAACCUGCCUAUCCCCAACACGGGGGGGGGGGGGGCAUCACUCCUCAACCACGAUGGUGAGGCCAGAGCUGUAAUUAAUAGCUUUAUGUGAAUGUAAUUAGCAAUUAGCAGCUCUGC